AUGUUCCGGUGGUAUCGCGAUGCAAAGCGAUGCUAUGUCUACCUGUCUGAUGUCUCUGACCCUUUAACCUCCGUUCGACGGAAGAGCACGGCGCAGUGGGAUGAUACAUUUCGACAGAGCAGAUGGUUCACUCGUGGGUGGACGUUGCAAGAGCUCAUCGCCCCGAAAACAGUCGAUUUCUAUUCGAAGGAAGGGGCUUGGCUAGGUGACAAGCAGUCAUUAGAGCCUUUGAUACGCGAUAUUACAGGCAUACCCGUGAGUGUUCUGCGUGGUACACCUUUGUCCGACUUCCCUGUCUCGGAACGCGAGGCAUGGGUACGCGGCCGUCUAACCAAAUGCGAGGAGGACAUGGCCUACUCGCUCCUUGGCAUAUUUGGCGUCCAUAUGCCGCUAAUCUACGGCGAGGGGCGAGAAAAUGCACAGAGACGGCUACGGGAAGAGGUCCAGAAAGCCAUCAAGGGGACACGAACGAACGAUUUCUCUGUUACCUUCAGCCUGUCCGAAGUUCCCGAGAUCCAACAUUUUAUCGCACGAGAGAGAGAAAUUGCAGAGGUGCGUAGGACACUAAGCUCAGACGGGACACGUCGCAUCAUUGUCCUCCACGGCCUCGGCGGCAUUGGCAAGACACAGCUUGCUGUAACAUACAUAAAGCGAUAUCGAGAUGAACAUUCUGCUAUAUUCUGGUUCAACAUUAAAGACGAAUCGUCUAUUCAACAGAGUUUCACCAAAGUUGCGAGACAGAUUUUGCAACAACACCCUAAUGCUAGCCGCCUCAGUGCAUUAGACCUACAGCAAAAUCACAAUGAGGUAGUCGAAGCUGUCAAGGCAUGGUUGAACUUGCCAGGCAACACUAGGUGGCUUAUUGUAUACGACAAUUACGACAACCCGAAAUUGACUAACCGCACAAGUAACUCGGGAAUCGACAUUAAUCGCUUUAUUCCUACGGCGCAUCAAGGCUCAAUUAUUGUCACGACCCGGUUGUCACAAGUCGAUAUAGGACAUCCAAUUCGAGUAAGGAAGCUUGAAUCAACGGACGAUAGUCUCAAGAUCUUAUCAUCGACCUCAGGCCGAGCUGGCCUGCAGGAUGACGUGGAUGCUAAGAGGCUCGUAGAAAAGCUGGACGGGCUCCCUCUUGCCCUUGUCACGGCUGGGGCGUACCUGAGGCGUGUUUCAACGAGCUUGGCUGACUACCUUCGCAUUUACGAGAAAUCAUGGGCGAGACUUCACACGAGCACUCCAAGCCUAGGUUCUUACGAAGAUCGUACAUUAUGCUCUACGUGGCAAGUCUCGUACCAACAAGUCCAGGAACAGAACCCUCUUGCAGCUCAUUUACUCCGGUGGUGGGCCUACUUUGACAAUGAAGACAUAUGGCUCGAACUUCUGCAGCCCGUUAGUAAAGACGGUCCUGCGUGGAUAUAUGACCUUGCCGAUGAGCUGAACUUUAAUGGCGCGAUGGGCACACUGCAUGAUUACGGAUUUGUCGAGCCACACGUGUUCCGUCCAGACCUGAUCGAAUCAAGGGGAUACAGCAUUCACGGCUGCUUGCACUCUUGGGCCAUCCAUAUAUUAAAUCAAGAGUGGGAUAGCUAUCUUGGCAAGCUCGCAGUAGAAUGCAUCGCCUCACGCGUUCCAUCACAGAACCACGCCCAGUUCUGGUUGCUUCAAAGACGACUUCUGUCACAUGCAAUGACAUCUUGCGCCACAAUUCAAGCUAGCAAUGAAGACUUGUACUGGGUUUUUCACAACCUAGGUCUCCUUUACGCGGACCAAGGCAAGCUACAAGAGGCCAAGGAGAUGUACUUACGGGCGCUUCGAGGGAAGGAGAAGGCGUGGGGACCAGAUCACACGUCAACACUAGACACGGUCAACAACUUAGGCAUCCUUUACAAGACCCAAGGCAAGCCACAAGAGGCCGAGGAGAUGUACUCACGGGCGCUCCGAGGGUGCGAGAAGGCGUGGGGACCAGAUCACACGUCAACACUCUCCACGGUCAACAACUUAGGGAACCUUUACGCAGACCAAGACAAGCUACAAGAGGCCGAGAAGAUGUACUUACGGGCGCUUCGAGGGUACAAGAAGGUCAUAGAGCCCCAAAACAUCACGAGAUACCGACCAGCGAUCAACACUAGGUGGGGUCUAGGGUCCUUGUUAUGGACUCAUGGCCAGCUAGUCGAGGCCAGGACAUACUAUCAGCGCGCUUACAGUGAUCUUAAAGGACUGUUGGGAUCGUCGCAUAAAGAUGUACAGUCGCUACAGAAUACUCUGCUAGACCUGAAUCGUGCAAUCGAGGCUGGGUCCGUUGGUGGAGAUAGGCCUACGCCAACGCCAACACAAUCCAGGAAGAACAGACGCCGGUAG